GCCGGCCUUCCCCCCCUCGCUACCCCCCAACAUCUGUAUCCUGCCCUCGUCGUCUUCUCUCCCAUCCACCCAUCACAAAAACAUCAUGCCCAAGGCCGAGUCCGCCCCCGCCACCCGCCGCUCGACGCGCAUCUCCUCCAAGGCCGCUGGGCCCGCCGCCGCGCAGCCUCCCAAGGAGACCAAGGCGGCCGUCAAGAAGGCGCCGGCGCCGAAGAAGGAGGCCGCCGCGCCCAAGGCCAAGGAGCCCAAGGAGGACAACAAGGCCGACGACAAGGACGCCGAGGCCAAGCCCGCUGCCCCCGUCAAGGCCCCCUCGUCCAAGGGCGCGCCGCUCAAGCUCGGCCAGGGCCUCCCCAAGAUCAAGCUCGAGGACAACACGGGCGCCGAGGUCGACGUUAGCACCCUCGCGGCCGAGAAGGGUGUCGUCAUCUUCCUCUACCCCAAGGCCGACACCCCCGGCUGCACCAACCAGGCCUGCGGCUACCGCGACGCGCACGACGAGAUCGCCGAGCUCGGCUACGACAUCUACGGUCUGAGCAAGGACUCGCCUAGCGCGCAGCAGAAGUGGAUCAACAAGAAGGAGCUCAACUACAAGCUCCUCUGCGACCCCGACAGCCAGCUCAUCAAGAAGCUUGGCGCCUUCAUCCCUCCCAAAAACACCAAGCGCUCCCACUUCGUCUUCGAGAAGGGCACCGGCAAGCUCAUCGACAUUGCCCUUGGUGUCAAGGCCGCCGAGGACCCCGCAAACACGCUCAAGUUCCUCAAGAACCACCACAAGGCGUAAACGUGCUGCUGCUUCGUGCGCACCUGCUCGCUCGUCGUGCUUUCAUGUCUGGUUUGGGCUGUUUCCAUCUCGUGUCUGCCUCUUCGUUUCGUGUGAUUGAAUUGAAUGCAUUGGGUUGUUGGUUACAA